CAGGUUGUUGUCAUACCUGAUCAGUGUGAGUGCUUGUGAACAUAUCAGGAACUGAGACGAGGCCUCUAUUGUGCAAAAAGGGCACGGUCUUAAGAAACCACAGGGAGGAGUCCAAGGAAGCAAUGACAGACAAGCAACAGCAAGUAGACAAGACAACUAAAAAACCCGGAGACAAGAAAGGAGUCGGAAAAGAUGACCUGGCUGUAAAGGAGUCAAUAGAGAGGAGGAUGAACAAGAUGUUACCAGGAGGCAUGAGGAAAGGGACAGCAAAUGAAGCCCAGAGAGGAGAGAGCAAGGAGAUAGACAACGGAACAACAAGACAUAAUGGUGAGGGUCUUGUUGAGCUCACUCUGCAGGUGAGAGUGGAUGGGAUCCCAAAUCACCCUUCAGGUGAAGCCUUCAGAAACCAGAAGAAAGGUACAGGAAACCCAGCAGGAAGCAAGGGAAUCAACAAGAGAGCAGAAAAGGCAGCAUCUGAGAGAAAGCUGGGAGAAGCACUAACCAAGAACAAAAGAGACGCAAAGGAAGAGGAAGGAACCAAAAACAGGAAAACAGUGCCAAGUCACGCAGUAACAACAGGCAAAGGAAAAAGUAAAGAGACGUUCGCGGCAGGUACAAAACUUGACAGGACGGAUGAAUUGGUUUCAGAUGAAAAAGACUACCAUCACCUGCUGAAGCUGCUGCAUAUCAGGCUUCCAGAGGGGGUCCUCAGUCCUGAGGUUAUCAAAGAAUCACAAAAACAUACUUUAGAUGCUAAGUCAAUCAUUACUGAGCUGGAGAAAUUCAAGAUCCAGUUCUGCAUAACACCACGACUGGGAUGCAGGGAAGUGAAGAGAACUUUGUCUCUGAAGAACAGUGGGGAUGUCCUUGAGCUCACAAAGAUAAUUUUCUUCGAGCCCAAAAAAGAUGAGGACAGAGAAAGACUGAUGGAGAUUUGGAAGAAGAAUUCAACAAGCACAGGCAAAGGGUUCAGGAUGCAGGACAGGUAUAAAUGCACACCCAUCUCCACACCUGAAAUGUACUCCACAGCCUUGACUAGGGGCUGGAGCACUUCAGCGCCUAAGGACGACAAGGCAACAGUGACGGACGGUGUGAGGGUGAACGCAAAGGAUAUAGAGAACAUGAAAUACUCAGAUGAGUCUCUUCUAGAUGAGUCCACGUCGGACCGGUUUGGGAGGUUCCACCAGAACAAAAUGGACGAGAUUGAAUGCCUGAAGUUCUUCCAUGGGCUGGGUGUGAUUAGCUCAGGUGGGGAGAAGGUACGGUACACCAAAGGCAACAAAGUGGAAUGUGGCUUCCUCACAGGAAGACUGGACUUUUUAGCAAGCAUUCCGAAAUCCUCUGGAAAAUCCGGCACUGGAACCUCAGGGAAAGACGAGAGGCUUGUGAUUGAGUGUAAAGGCACAACUGGCGACAUGGUGGGGAAGGUCUUCACCAAAAGGCCGAAUGGCGACUGCCAGGCUCAAUUGAUCAAAUCCCACGAGUACUGCUAUCAGACCCAAGCUUAUAUGUACAUCCUGAACAGAGACGCUACACUGCUGAGGAGGCCUCUAUCAAACAGAGCUGCGAUGGUCAUCAGACAUUAUCACAGAGGUAACAGCCCACAGGACUUUCACUGGAACUAUCUCCAGUUGGAUAAGGGCAUCCAGACAGACAUUGAUGAACUGAGGGCUUACUGUCAGAGGGAUGUACUGGCCUGUUUCCUGGCAGUGUUAGAUCUAAUCUUCCAGAAGGAAAUCACCUGAGAUGCAACCCGACUAAUGUUAGGUGAAGGUUGUAGGGUUUUGGCAUGAAAAAGGCCAUCAUAGUGGGUUUAGUUAUAAUUUACUUAUUAUUAAUGCAGGUAAACAAACCUAACAAAUUAUAAAAUGCACUUCUGUAGAUAUUGAUAGCUCUGGUGAUAUUCAAAGGAAAUCUUACUGAAGCCCUUCAGACAUUAUGAGUCAUUUUGAAAUGGAAACUGGACAUAAUAUGUAGGACCUAGCUCUCAAUUAGGGCUACAACAAUUAAUCAAUUAGUUGUCAUGAUUUCACCAUUUCCUGACAAAACAACUAAUUGAUUAAUUGAGAAAAUAAACAACGAUUUGCAAAUUAUGAGAUAAUCAUUAUUUGCUGCCCUAAUCUCAACUGUUACUUAUGUGUGCUCUCUCAAUGUUUCUUAGUCUUAAUGGGAAAAUUUCUACUGAGUUUCUAUCUGUUUUAUGCUGAAUUAAACAAGUAUCACUUGACAACAUGACACACACGAAA